AUGGAUGGACUUUGAACUACACUACAUAUUCUCUGACCACCCUAGCUAGCUAAUUAGAUUUCUGAGAGAAAGGAAAGGGUGUGAGAAGAGAAUGGAGAGUAAAGAGGAAGAUGUUAACGUUGGAGCAAACAAGUUCUCAGAAAGGCAACCAAUUGGUACAGCAGCUCAGGGUGGUGGUGACAAGGACUACAAGGAGGCACCCCCAGCUCCUUUGUUUGAACCUGGUGAGCUCAAAUCAUGGUCCUUCUACAGAGCUGGAAUUGCUGAGUUUGUGGCAACUUUCUUGUUCCUCUACAUUACCAUCUUAACUGUCAUGGGUGUCAACAGGUCACCCUCCAAGUGUGCCUCUGUUGGCAUUCAAGGCAUUGCUUGGGCCUUUGGUGGCAUGAUCUUUGCCCUUGUCUACUGCACUGCUGGAAUUUCAGGGGGACACAUCAACCCAGCUGUGACCUUUGGUCUGUUUUUGGCAAGGAAGCUGUCCCUAACAAGGGCACUGUUCUACAUUAUCAUGCAGUGUCUUGGAGCCAUCUGCGGGGCUGGUGUGGUGAAGGGCUUUGAGGGCAAUGCUAACUAUGAGUUGUUCAAAGGAGGAGCCAAUUUUGUGAAUUCUGGAUACACCAAAGGUGAUGGACUUGGAGCUGAGAUUGUUGGCACUUUUGUUCUUGUCUACACCGUUUUCUCUGCCACUGAUGCCAAGAGAAACGCUAGAGACUCUCACGUUCCUAUUUUGGCUCCACUUCCCAUUGGAUUUGCUGUGUUCUUGGUCCACUUGGCUACCAUUCCCAUCACAGGAACUGGCAUUAACCCAGCUAGGAGUCUCGGAGCUGCCAUCAUCUACAACAGAGACCAUGCAUGGGAUGACCAAUGGAUUUUCUGGGUUGGACCUUUCAUUGGAGCUGCCCUUGCUGCUGUGUAUCACCAGAUAGUCAUCCGAGCCAUUCCUUUCAAGACAAGGGCUUAGGCUCUUGUUUUUGUAUGUGCUUGCUUGUAUUAGUUGUUAUUUAUGUGUCUGGUGUCUUCUUCAUUUUGAAAAUUCAUGUCAAUCUUUUUGCCUUUGUGUUAAUCCAUUGUAUGGAUGUAAAUUAUGACAUGAUUACUUCCUUGAUUGUAUUUGUGGCACUCUGAAUGGAUUUCUUCUUUUAUUUUAUUUUUUUUAUAA